CUGGGCUGCCGUUCCCUGAGCCCCGGGUGUGCUUCAGCGCCUUCUGCUUGCUCUUCGGUCCGGCUUCAGGAUGGCAGGAAAUUCCUCCGAGGGAACAAAAGUGAGAAGUGACUGUGAGGAUCCAGUUGGGAAGAACAUUGCAAAUGGACAUACUGUUAAUGCUUCGAGACAAGAGACGCCGUUCCUCCAGGGACAUUCAGUAACAGGAAACAUUUGUGAAACAGUAAACAGACCAGAAGGCGACAAGCGGACACAAUCAGGACUCCUUCAUGGCUGCAGAUGGUGCUUUGCUAAUGGCAACAAAUGGAAGUGCAGCACAAUUGGACUCUCGGUUCUCCUGGUGAUCUCAGUCACUAUGAAUAUCUCUGUGUGGGCAAAGUUGCAUCAGAUGCCCGCUGCUCCCAGCCCACCGGAUACCACGUCACCCACAUUGGAUGCCAGUCUCUGCCCACAGCGCUGGGUUAGGAAUGAAGGGCGGUGCUACUUUUUCUCUGACACUGAGCAGACCUGGAACGCCAGCCGGAUCGACUGCUCUUCCCAUGGAGGUUCCCUGGUGGCCAUGGAUACUCCGCAGGAGUGGGAUUUUGUAAGUCAGUCUAAAAGACCAAGGUAUUAUUGGAUUGGCCUCCGGAGGACAGGAGCAGGAGAACUUUGGAAAUGGGCGAAUGGGUCCCUCUUCAACAACCGGUUUCCAGUGGGAGGCGAAGGACUUUGCGCUUACCUGAAUAUAGACGAGGUCAGCUCGACAUGGUGUGACAAGCACCGAUACUGGAUCUGCAGCAAACUACUACAUCGGAACACAUGAAGGACAUACUAAGUCCGCAUGGAGAAAUCCAUCCUCAACAUAAAGCGAGGUAUAUUCUCAUGUGCAGUUUAUUCACAAAACCACAAGCUUUGCAUUGUUUUAAUAAUAAUGGGAUGAAGCUUUUUGUACACUUGUGUAGCAUAACAGGUUUUGGCUCAUUUGGCAUCAGCCACCACAUGAAACGGGGAGAUUUGUUGAUAAAGAGCUCAAAGGCUGGAGGGUCGGCCUGUACGUGCUGAGAACUCUUGUUCCAGAGUUUGAGAAGUUAGCUAUUACCAAAAGGAGCUCAAAGGAGAAGCCCUUCUCUCCCCUGCUGCCCAGAUGUUGGCCCUUGUGGUUUUCCUGCCCUGACUGAGGUGGCCAAAAAGGCCACUGGUUUCCAUGAGGGGUGAGGACAGCUCCAUUAGGCCACCUCCUCCUCCUCCUCCGCCUCUGGGUUUUUUUAGCUACCACCAGGCUAGCAGUCUGUGGGGAAACCUAUGGGGCAGGAGUAGCUCCAGGCCCGUAGCCAGGAUUUCAUAAUUUGGGGGGCCUUUUAAAAAGUGAGGGGGCACUGAAAGUCCCUUAGAGUGCAGGUGUGUGUUAGCCCCCCCCCCUGGCGUCUCCCAUUU